AUGUGGGAAAAUGUCGUGAAGGUCGCCGACCAGCAGAAGGUCGGUGGGGCCGGCGCGGACGCUUGCCGCAGCGCUCAGACCGCGCCAGCAGCCAGCGGCGCUCGCACCCCACACGCCGACCGCGACAUCCGACACGUCACCGCGCCUGCCCUCGACCCUCCGCGGCCGACCCGCCGACCCGCCUACACUCCAACCCGCUACAGGAACUCUAUUGCGGGCGCUAUGAACGCUUUCAUCGCCCUCGUCGUCUGCCUUUGCGCAGUAUCGACGGCAGAGAGCUCGGGCGCGCCGCGCGUCUUGCGCCGGCGCCUGCGACCCGUCAGUGCAGGUGCUGCAGAAUAUGAAGGGUACGAGAGGAGCAAUGCGCUAGCGCACGUGGAGCCGCAGGCGUCUCCUGCGUCGCCAUGGCAACCCAUCUCCGUCAACAUCCCCAUACCUCGCGGCGCGGGGCAGGGGGGCUCCGUGCCGCUCGUGAUCCUACCGCUGCCGAUGCCGGUCGCAGCGCCCAGCCCUCCGCAAACCGAAUGUAAACCGGUGCAAGAGACGAAAUAUGAGUACGAGUACGACGUCGAUGAGUAUGAGCAGCCACAAGAGAAACCCGCCAGACCGUCGCAGGCGUGGCGCCCGGGCCACCGGCGGCCCGAGCCGCCCAAGAGCUCCGCGUGGGGACCCGUCGUGGCGGACGAGCCCGCGCCGCAGCGCUACCCCUUCCACGUGGCGCCCAACAAACCGAAUAGACCUGUACAAGUAGAAAUUCCAGAUGUUCAAACGCCAUUCUCGUCGCAGGAGCAAGUGCGGCUGUUCCGCGAGCAGCGGCCGCGCGCGCCCGCGCUGCCACCGCUGCUGCUGUCGGAGCACGACCGCGCGGCGCGGCUGGCCAACGGGCCGUCGCCCGCGCUCGAGGGCCCGCAGCUGCUGGCGCGCCCGCCCCUGCCCGCGCUCUCCCGCUCCGCGCGCCAGUCGCAGCUGCGCCCGCCCACGCCGCGCAUCACGCGCUCCAUCGCGCUCGUCGGCGCGCUCACCGUGCCGCGCGCCGACUACACCGAACCUUACACGGCUUGGUACGACGCCGCGAGUGGUUCCGUUCGCGUAGAUUUCCACGAAGGCUCUGCGUCCUCCUACCGCACCUUCCUUGCUGAUGGCAGAGUGCAGUAUUUUGAAGUGCACGUGGACCGGUCCGGCGGCAAGAGCACGCGGCGCUGCGGUAUCUCGGAGCCUCAGCGCGCCGAGGCGGACGACCGCCUCCCGCCCGCGCUGCCCGACUUCACUCAGUUCACCUUCGCUGGCUACGCGGAGGGCAACACGUCGGUGGAGCGGUGGCAGCGUCAGGUGACGGGCGCGCCGGGUGAGCAGGGCGCGGCGAGCGGCGAGCGCCUCACCGUGCACCACGAGCUGCUGCUGGCGCGUGACCGCGACGACCAUCCUGUGCCGCUGCAGUACAACGUGGCAACGGACAGCUCCGCGCUGGGGGCGGACUGCGACGGCUACCAACAUAGCUACUUAGACGUGAGGAUCGAACGAAAGGAUGCUGCCUUCUUCACACCCAAUAUUGACGAGCUGUGCGACGAGAAGGACACGCUGAGCCGCUCCGACCCGGAACAAUUCGCGCGGCUCGACCCCUUGCGCGAGUUCACGCUGCCCUUCCGCGACCCCAAAUAUGAUGUGGCUCUUCAAAAGUUUAAAACGGACUUUAACCGCAAAUACGGCGACGACACCGAGGAGGCCGUGCGCAAGAACUUGCUGAUGCAGACCGCGCGCUUCACGUCGUCCGCCAACCGGCAGGGCAGCACCACGUCGCUGGGCGUCAACCACCUGGGCGACCGGCUGGACGCCGAGAAGGACCAGCUCAUGGGCGUGGAGUCGACCGGCAGCCUCGACACGGGCGACCGCUUCCCCUACUCACGCAGCGAGCUGCAGGAUAAGGACGCGAGCCUGCCCGACAGCUUCCAAUCCAUGGGCGUCUCGCCCGUGCAGAACCAGGGUACGACGUGCGCGUCGUGCUGGGCGUUCGCGGUGGCGGGCGCGGUGGAGGGCGCGCUGUACAUGCGCACGGGCCGCCUCGUGCCGCUGUCGCCGCAGUGCCUCGUCGACUGCUCGGGCCCGUUCGGGGGCAAAGGAUGCAAAGGCACGUGGCCCAGCAGCGCGUACGACUACGUGCGCGAGCGCGGCCUGCCGGCACUCGACGAGUACCCCUACAAGUCGAUGAAGCAGCAAUGUCGCGAGAAAGAGGUGGCCGCCGUGACGCGCAUCAGCGGACACGUCAACGUGACGGAGAACAGCGUGCCCGCUCUCAAAGUGGCGAUAAAGGAGCACUCGCCUAGCGUGGUGUUGGUGGACGCCCACUGUAAGAGUUUCAUCAGCUACAAUGCGGGCGUUCUAUAUGACGACCGAUGCGGCAAGACGUCGAAAUAUCUGAAGCACGCGGUGCUGGCCGUGGGCUGGGGCACUAGUGAGGGCGAGCAGCACUUCGUGCUGAAGAACUCGUGGACGAGCUCGUGGGGCGACGCCGGCUACGUGCGCGUGCACGCGGGCUCCAACACGUGCGGCGUGCUCACCAAGCCCUCCUACCCGCGCCUCGCCACCGCCGACGUGCUGAAGGCCUAGUCCCGCCCCGCCACCCUGUGACCCUAGUGCCAAUAUACGCUCGAUAG